AUGUCACCGUCAGCAGCUGCUCGUGUGAAUUAUCUGGGGUCCCUACGGGGCCCCAGCAGCUUGAUGUAUCCGCGGGGUCUUUUCGGUCCCUUCUGCUCGGGGGGCCGGGGUUCACCCGUGGCGCCGUUAGUGCAGGAGUGUCCAGCGGUGGUUCCCCUGGUUCCGUUGGCUCGGCGUUUUAGCACAUUCAACCACAACAUAGGACCUCACAAGUCGGACCCUCCUGCUAGCGAGAAGCCCCUGUUUCUGAAUCGCUUUGACCAGGCGGAUGACCCUUCGUUGUUUGCCCUGGAGGCAGAGGAGAUGCAGCGUCGACGGAAGGCGCUGGAAGAGCAGAACAAAGGCAAGGAUGCGCUUAUUGAAGGUGCAGACCUCGUCCAGCCAUCUAACCACCCUCAUCAGCGGAAGGGGUUCUUGAGGCGCAUGCGGUACUGGCACUAUCACCAGACAGCGGAGCCCACAUUCCCUCGGACUCCGGAUCUUAGCAAGGGUGAGCUUGCUGCGGGGGCGACUGUGACGAGAACGACGGUAUGGAAGACAGAUAACGAACCUGCAUUGGUGUCUGUGGCUCGCUUUUCGCCGGAAAACUUCCGCGCCGUCGGCUACGCUGAGAAUGCUCCAAACCCCAGCAGCAUCAACAGCGACGCCCAUCCCGACUUCAGAGAUUAUCGUCUCCGGAGCGGCAGCCCCGACAGAAGGCCGUUCAUGUACUUUCUCAGCGCUUCUUACUUCUUUAUAGGUGCCAGUAUGAUGCGCAGUCUCCUAUGUAAGAUGGUUCACUUCUGGUGGGUCAGCAAGGAUUUGAUGGCAUCUGGCACGACUGAAAUAGAUCUGCGGCCGAUUGAGACGGGCACCACGGCGGUGUUCAAGUGGCGCGGGAAGCCGGUGUUUAACUGGUGUAUUGUUUGUGGAUUCCGCUGCAGGGCGGACGACAGUCUGAUAGGGACUAUGAAAGACCCGCAGACUGACGCGGAGCGAUGCCAGCGACCGGAGUGGCUCAUCAAUAUAGGCGUCUGCACCCACUUGGGGUGCAUUCCCGUCGAGGGGGGCAGCUACCAUGGCUGGUUCUGCCCGUGCCACGGCUCCCACUACGACAUUUCAGGUCGCGUACGACAAGGCCCUGCGCCGACGAAUUUGGAGGUUCCCGAGAUGGUGUUCUUGGAUGAUGUCACUGUAAAGUUGGGUUGA